AUGUCGCUUCCUUUGGCAGGCGCGAGCAUAUCGGACCUCACUGUGGAGCGUAGCUGCACGGAGCUUGCGGGUAAACUAAAAGAGAAGGGCAUGCCUCUUCUACGCCUGACGCGCAACUACAAAGUGAAGAGGGUGCUCAUCUCCCUCUCCCCCAUGGGUGACGGUCUUCAGUACCAGCCAGCGUCGGUGAGUCACAGUUCUCUUCUUUUUACUGAUAUGUGGGCCAUUCGCCCCCUACCUUCGUCUCACAAAAUCGGCAGCAGGGCGGGUCUCAAGCACUUUCAGUACUGCUUUCAAGUUGAAUCACAAUUUGGCUGGUCGUGGAAUCUCGUGUGCGACACAGAGCUGGAGCGCAGCACCUGGGUCAGGUUUCUAGAACAGCGCCGCCGUGCCUUUCUGGACGAGAGCCGCGUCAAUACGGUAAAUGCGUCUGUUGCGCGAUACUGGUCCAUCGCGGCACUGCCGGGAAAGACGAAGCUCUCUUUCAAUGAGAUAUCGAUGCUGGUCAAUACGCUGCUUGGCCGCGUGUCCGCUACGGAGUUUGACGAACUCUUUCGCCAGUGUGACAAAGACAAAGACACGUGCCUCAACUACCAGGAGUUUUGCGAGUUCUUCCAUUACUUCAACAAGGCCAAGGCGGGGCGCCGUAUCUACGAGAGUCAGACAUCAGACAUCGCAUCUGGCAUGACGGCAGAAGAGUUCACCCGCUUCUGCAUCGCAAACGACGCCUGCACCACCAUGACGCCGAUGCGUUGUGCGUCCUUAUUCCAUCUCUUUUCAAACGGGCAGUCAGACCGAAUGUCGUUGAACGCCUUCACCGCCUUUUUGCUGCAUCCGCACCACAACUCCAUCGUUGAGGCGCGCCAACUUCGCUUGAGCGACUCGAUGGAUUCCCCCUUGUCACACUACUUCAUCAACAGCUCUCACAACACUUAUCUCACCGGCAAUCAGCUCAAUUCUCAGAGCUCGUGCAGUAUGUACCGCGACGUGCUUUUGGCCGGAUGCCGCUGUGUUGAGGUCGAUUGCUGGGAUGGCCCUAGGGGCAAGCCUAUUGUGUAUCAUGGCCAUACGAUGACCACCAAAAUCGCCUUCAGCGACGUAGUCCGCACGAUCAACGACUAUGCAUUUCAAAACUCUGAAAAUGAUUCCGAGGCCACCUGGAACCCUCGCGAAUUCCCUGUAAUUUUGUCCCUCGAAGUACACACAAGCCCAGAGCAGACAAGCCAGAUGGCAUGCAUCAUGCGGCGCGUGUUCAAGGAGCGCCUCUUUCUUUCCCGCCUCGAUGUGUCCUUGUACACACCGGCGAAUCUGAAAGGAAAGAUCCUCAUAAAAUGGAGGAUGAAUGCCGCCGGUGUGGAAGACAUCAAGGACACGACGGGUAGCGGGAUUGUAGCAGACUGCCGGACACCUCUUCUCACCACACUGGACCUCUCCGCUUGCGCUUCGAUUGGAACCGUCAAAUCAACCUCAUGGGGUGCCAAGGAGCAGCCCUUCAACGUUCAAAGCUACGUGGAAGGGGAGGUGGCUCGACUAGAGGCGUGCGCCCCGGUCGACUUUGUGCGCCAGAACACCCGCAUGCUUUCCCGCACCUACCCUGCGGGUACUCGCAUUGAUUCUUCGAACUACGAUCCAAUGCCCGUGUGGCGUCUCGGCUGUCAACUUGUAGCACUCAAUUGGCAGACGCGAGAUCAGAACUUUCGUGUCAACGAGGGCUUUUUUGCGCAUCAGAAUGGUGGAUGCGGUUACGUCCUCAAGCCCAUGUACCUGCGUGAUGUUAACUCGGGGUGCAGUGCCGUUCCUUUCACCCUUGCGUUGCGACUCAUUUGCGGAUCGCAUCUUGGAACCACCCUCGACGGUGUCCAGGCCACCCACCUGUCGCUGCGGGUGUGGGCUCAUGGCGACACAUCGCCUCACGAAACCACUUACGUGCCAACUGCAAUCUACCCCGAGUGGAAUGAAGAAAUCGAAGUGCACGGAAGGUGCAAGGACACCGCUGUGCUGUGUCUUUCUGUUGUGGCUCGCACCAGCCGCGGCGGCAAGCAGGAUGUCUGCACAGCAUGCCUGCCCGUGCGUGUUUUGCGGACUGGAUAUCAUGCGAUGCCACUCCGACACGCAAAAAGCGGACGCCCGGCCGAGAUCGCAUCCAUACUGUGUCACCUAUCCUUCAAGACCCUGGCGGGGUCCUCGUGA